AUGGAUCGGGUCCCCUCAGUUUCCCCCCCCGCCCCCGGGACCGAGUUCUCAGUGUAUAACACCACAUCAACAAUGGCCCCUGGACUGGGCACCGGGGGCCGGGCGUGGCCCGUGCUAGUGGGGGUUGUGCUGGGGGCGGUGGUCCUCUCCAUACUCAUCGCGCUUGCUGCCAAGUGCCACCUCUGCCGCAAGUACCGUGCCAGCUACCAGCAUCGCCCACUGUCGGGCACGAGGAGCGGGAACCACCCACAGGUGGGUGACGACGAGGACGACGGCUUCAUCGAGGACAAUUACAUUCAGCCUGGGGCCGGCGAGAUGGACACAGCAGGCAGCCGGGACCACUUCGCUCUGUGAGCCCCAUCUUUGGACACUCCCCACUUCCCUCCAUGCCCGGCACUUGAAAGACAGUGAUGCCUCAAGCCUCAGGGUCAGAAGUGGCUAGUACUUUGUAAAGCUUGACCAGGACUCUGUUUUCCGAUACUCGUCGCCAAAGUGACAAUUCUGUUUCUCAGUAACUCUUCGCGUGGCUCCCUGCUGUCCCAGGAUAAACCCUGACGGUGCAUGAAUGUGGGGAAAGGCCCCUGGAGCAGGCCUCUUGAUUUCCUUUCCUUGCC